AUGUCGGCAAAUAGGGAUACCCGCGGUUCUGUUCAAGAUGCUUCAAGCAAAGGACCCACCCAAGAGCAAAGACUCCUAUGGAAUCAAGAGAGCGUCAGGGAUGUUGCAGAAUCAGUCGGUAUUCUUAAGUUGAGCGAUGAAGGACUACGAACACUUUCUCAAGACGUUGAGUAUAGGGUUGGCCAAGUUAUCAUCGAGGCCCUGCGGUUUAUGCGACUUGCGAAGCGUACCACAUUAACCGUCCAGGAUGUCUCUCAAGCGUUACGAGUUCUUGAUGUGGAGCCAUUGUAUGGCUAUGACUCUACACGAGCCCUCAGAUACGGCGAGGCCAGCCUGGGCCCACAAGCUUUAUUCUACGUGGAAGAUGAAGAGGUCGACUUUGAAAAGCUGAUUAAUGCGCCGUUACCUAAGAUCCCCCGAGACACCACAUUUACUAAGCACUGGUUGUCCGUCGAAGGCGUGCAGCCUAACUCCCUGGAAAAUCCCACAUCAGCGGAGUCGCGAGCGCAAGAUCUUCUAUCCAAAGGUCCCAGCGCUAAUCCUGCACUUGCUGCUCUUUCUGGUCAGGACAAUCCUAACUUCAAACCUUCAGUCAAACACAUCCUGUCUCAAGAACUCGUACUAUACUUUGAGAAGAUCCAGGCUGCUCUGAUGGAUGAUAGCCCGGAUAUUGAAGUGCAGCGGUUGCGCGAAGCUGCCUUAGAGUCUGUGGCUUCCGAACCAAGCAUCCAUCAGCUUGUUCCAUACUUCGUCAACUUCGUCUCCACCCAGGUUACACACCACCUAGAUGACAUAUUCGUAUUACGGCAGAUGAUGGAACUUACCAACGCCUUGAUAAAUAACGAUCGACUUUUCCUCUCGCCAUAUGCCAGCCCUCUCUGUGCGCCGGUGCUCACAUGCAUACUGGGCCGCAAGAUCGGGGCCGAGAAUGGCGUUGACGCACUUAAGGAACAGUAUAGUCUAAGAGAAUUUGCUGCUACACUUGUCGGACAACUUGCUCGGAAAUAUUCCGACACUAACAAGAUGCUACGUCCGAAGCUGGUUCGCACAUGUCUCAAAAACUUCCUCAACCCAUCACUGCCACCAUCUGUUUGGUACGGUGCAGUGUGCGGCCUUGGAGCAGCAGGCAGCGCCGAUGUUGUUAAGGUCCUUCUACUGCGCAACCUCAAAGAAUUCGAAACCUCGAUGCUCAUCCCUCUACGGCAGAAGAACGAGCAGAUUUCUAAUGCAGAAUUUGAAGCCUUAGUUGGUGUUAUCACGAAGGUCAUCCAACUCUUAACGGAAGAGGAUAUUCCUCUGGCUAAUGGUAUGAAUGGAUUUUCUAGCGAGAACGAGGCUAGCCAAAUCAAGGCAUUCUUGGGUGACAUUAUUGGCCAGCGCGUUGCCGCCCUAGGCGAUCACAAGCUGAACCAAGCCAUCUUGGAUGCGCGCGACUUUCAAUAG